GCUGGUUGGUUCUGUUUUUGUUUUUUAAAUCGCUGAUUCAUGAUUUUCAAUGAUAUAAAUUCAACUUUAAAAAAUGAUUAUAAUUUAGUCUUACCGAUUCGUGUGUGGACGUGCAGGGUGUAUAGGCAUUUUUAUUUUAUAUUUUAAAACAAGUCAACGCAUAAUGAAAGUCACCGUGUUACUUGCCGUCGUAUUGUUUGCUGGCUGUUGUAGUGCGAUGCAAUUGAACCAACAGCACGUAAGUUUGUUCCAAACAUGGAAAAACCUCUGGAAGAAAGUCUACCAAACUGUGGAAGAAGAAGAACAAAAGAUGGCAACUUGGUUCAACAACUGGAACAAAAUUUCCGAACAUAACAUGCAAUACUCGUUGAAACAAAAGUCAUACCGCCUUGAAAUGAACGAAUACGGAGAUUUGACCAGCGAAGAGUUCAGUUCAAUGAUGAAUGGUUAUCGUAACGACAUCAGGCUUAAGAGGAAGUCAACUGGUGGAAGUACUUACUUGAAUCUGCUUUCAUUUGGUUCACAAAUACAACUUCCUACCUUGGUAGACUGGAGGAAACAUGGCCUUGUUACUCCUGUUAAGAACCAGGGACAAUGUGGAUCCUGCUGGUCAUUCAGUGCUACUGGUUCUCUAGAAGGACAACACAAGAAAAAAACAGGAAAACUUGUGAGCCUGAGUGAGCAAAACUUGAUUGAUUGCAGCACUCCCGAGGGCAAUGAUGGUUGUAAUGGUGGUCUGAUGGAUCAAGCUUUCAAAUACAUUAAAAUACAAGGAGGAAUUGAUACAGAAGCAUAUUAUCCAUAUGAGGCCAAGGACGAUACAUGCCGGUUUAACAUCACCGAUAGUGGGGCAACAGACACUGGAUUCGUUGAUAUCAAGUCUGGUGAUGAAGAAAUGUUGAAGGAAGCAGCAGCAACUGUUGGACCAAUCUCUGUGGCCAUUGAUGCCAGUCAUACCUCAUUCCAAUUUUAUAGCAAUGGUGUAUACAGUGAAACUGCAUGCAGUAGCACAAUGCUUGACCAUGGUGUAUUAGUGGUUGGUUAUGGAACAGAAAAUGGAAAAGACUACUGGCUGGUUAAGAACAGCUGGGGCGAGGGUUGGGGUGAAGCUGGCUACAUUAAGAUGUCACGUAACGCAGACAACCAAUGUGGUAUUGCUACACAAGCCAGUUAUCCUCUUGUUUAAUUCCAAGUCCAUGGCAUAUAUUUUAAUGUGUGUGGUUUUAAGAUAAUUCUUUCGCCUAUAUAUUGUGGUUGUACACCUUUUGUCAUUUUAUUAGUUUGCUAAAGGCAUGAAAGUGUUCUUUAAGCUACUGUAGAAAUAUAUUCAAUUCAUUGGUUUUUAUUAUUUUAAACAUGCAUUUCAACAAGUUACUCUCACAAUGUGUUUAAAUUACUAAGCAUACACAGACUUCUUUUUAACGUUUUUAAACUGAUUUGAUGUCUUGAAAUCUCUUUGCACUUGCAAGCUUUUUUUAUUCAGUUUUUAAUCAAAACUCACUGCUUGGGGAUCUGUGUUAUUGCUAACUGUGCAAACAUUACUAACCAAAGUGUGAAUGUACAAACUUAUUUACAAAGUCGAAAAUAAAUCACCAAUUUAAUUGCAAA